AAACUCAGCAUUACAGUAAAUUUUGCUUAAGCUGAAAUUGUGUGAGAGCAACGAAAUCUUUAUUUACAUUUGUGCGAAGUGUUAUAAUUCUCUCAAAUCUUAUCAUUUUAGACUGUUUACAUGUAACUAUAGAUCUGUAGGAUAUUGGACUGUCAAAAGAUCUGCAAACAUAAAGCAGUGCUAUGGCAGCCAAAGCAUUAUACCUUCUCCAAAUACUGUCCGUUGUUAUAGGGAUGCCAGAAGUUGAAACAGUUUCUGUGAAUACAAACAUUGGAAUUAUCAACGGAUUAGAGGAAGACGUAACAUUUCUCGGUAAAUCUUCCAAAAUUCAUAAAUUUCUUGGAAUACCUUUUGCUGAGCCACCGAUAGGAAAAUUGCGAUUUCAAAAUCCAGUUCCGAAGUCUCCACUUGAAGAACCUUUGGACGCCUUUAAACACAAUAAUGUAUGUCUUCAAAUGCUAGGACUAUUAGAUAGCAAAAGAUUAACAUAUGAUGAGGAUUGCCUGUAUCUAAAUAUCUACGCACCUGAAAGAAAACCAGAGGAUAAGUUGUUGCCAGUUAUGGUUUGGAUUUAUGGAGGUGGUUUUACUAUUGGAUUCCCUGACAUGUACAUAGGAGAUCACUUGGCUACUCAGGGUAAUGUAAUAGUGGUUACCACCAAUUACAGAUUGUCUGUGUGGGGAUUUCUCACGACUGGGGACAAAAUUGCACCAGGAAAUUACGGUUUAUGGGACCAGCAUAUGGCUAUAAAAUGGGUACAUGAUAAUAUCGCUGCAUUUGGGGGAGAUACGGAAAAAGUAACUAUAUUUGGGGAGUCGGCCGGAUCGUCAAGUGUGAUGUAUCAAGCCCUAUAUCCUGGAAAUAAAGGACUAUUUCAUAGAGUUAUAGGUCAAAGCGGUAGUGUUGGUAACUUUUGGGUAACGAAUGAAAAGAAUUCUGAAAAUGCAAAACAUCUCGGAGCUCUGGCUGAAUGUGAAACAGAAAACUCCGAAGCUUUAGUAUCUUGUCUACAAGAGGUGUCCGCUGAUCUGUUAGUAGAGUUUGUUACUAAUGCAACAUAUGGAUUGAUUUCGUAUCCCUUUCCAUUUCUACCUACGGUUGAUGGCAAAUUUGUUACCACUGAUCCUAAACAUAUUUUUGAUAAAUCAGAUCUUCCAACUGAAGUCAAAGAAAUCUUUUCAAGCUUAGAUAUAAUAUCUGGUGUCAACUCGGGAGAAGGGAGUAUAGGUCUUAGUCCAUUUGCAGGAGUGGCUGAUGCCGCGGAAUUUUCACCAAACAAAACAUACUUUGAAGAAACUUUAGUUCCCUUGAUGAUAAAAAUCUGCCUUGGAGAGAAUGUACCCAGAAUUGCUACAGAUGCUGUGGUAGGGGAAUAUACAAACUGGGAUAAUCCCGACGACUAUAAUAACAUAAGAGACGAAUAUGUGUCCAUGUGGGGCGAUGUAUCGUUCAAUACAGACUUAUACAAGACAUUGGACAAGCAUUCUAAUGUAUCCACCAGUCAACAUACAUAUAUGUAUGUAUUCGAUAUUAACCCUGAAUUUAAUGGCUUUCUAUAUCCAGUUCCUAGGUUUAAGAAGCUUAGGCAUGCGUAUGAUCUUCCUUUUGUGUUUGGAUUUAAGAAACCAGAUCAGCUUGAAGAGAAGUUCCAUGUUUCACCGUCGAGAUGGGAAGAACGCCUCUCUGCAGAUAUUAUGACCUUAUGGACAAAUUUUGCUAAAACCGGAAAUCCAAAUUCACCGGAAGACCUUGGGCUUGACUGGGUUCCAUACACGCAAAAACAACAACAUUUUCUGCAAAUAUCACGUGACAUGACGUCAUCGAAUGUAAAACAACGAUGGAAUGCGCGAAGAGCUAACUUCUGGAUAAAUCUCCUGCCAAAAAUAAUAACAUCGGCAGUUUGUGAAGCAGAAAAAUGUUCUGAUCAUCUAAAUAGAGGAACGUGCGCAAAGGACCAAAAAUGUUCUCCUUCUCCCUAAAUAAACCCAAAAACUGACGUCAACAAUGAAAAUUGUGUGUUUGAUUUGACAAUACAUACUUAAAUUUUGGACCAGACAAAUUUCAUGGAACAAUAUUUGUAAACGUCUGUACCAGGAAAGCAUUUUUGCUUAAAUUCAAGUAAAGAGUAGUAAAUUUAGUAUUGAGCUUUGAAAGAGUCCUCCUUUGUAAGCGUUGUACCAGAAAGAUAAUAGUUUUGACAUUAUACAAUAAUAAACAGUUAAAUGAUAAUAAACAGUUAUUAAAGCAAGAAUUAUUACAUUAAUACACAUGUCAGCCUCAAAUAGUCAGUCGUCAUAGCUAAAAUGCACAAUAUAAUAUCAUAGUACAUAAUUUGCAGAAAUUCAUUAUCCUUAUUCCAGUGAUGUUUAAAAGCAGACAAAUCUCAAAUCAAAAUUAUCGACACAAAACGUUAUGAAUUCAUGCCAAUGUCAUUGCUCUACUAUGACUACAAUUUUAAAACAUUGUAAAGUAAUCUCUGAAGAAAUAUGUUUUCCAAUGUUUCAAAUAUGUUCACUGAUACACUUUGUUUUAAGUUCAAAGGCAGUUCUUAUCUUAUUUUAACUUGUACAUUAUACUAUAUCGUCGUUAUGAAGUUUCGUAAGAGUACGUAUUCGAUACUUAGGGUGUUUUAUUCUUCAUUUUCUUAAUAACUUCUUCCCUUUGUUUAUAGGUAAAACAUUUUAUACGUGCCGUGUCCCUCUUUGUGCAAAUAUCGACAACCAUUUUGUUUUACCUACAAGUAAAAGACCAUGUCCUCACACGAUAUCAGUAGUGGAUGAACAACCUAUAUACUUCGAUAAUUCGGUAAGGGGUUUGCACAUAUCAUGACCUGAUGCCACAGAUCCUGUGAUAUUCGACAUAGAGGCCUCUCCUUAUAUCAAAGAUUUAUCAACUGCUGAAAACGUUUAUCCCAGUGAGAGUUAGGUUGCACCCUUGUCUGAAAGAACACUGAUGAACACUACAGAUUAUUGAUGAACACCGACAAUAGAUUCAGUUAAACCUUUUAUUUAGGCUAUUGCCUGUACCAACUUUAGCGAAUAAUGUACUUUAUUAACCAGCCCUUGAUUGACAGUGAUGGGUCAAAAUAUAGCGCGACUAAUAUCGUAUUAAAGGGAUAUGUCUUCAGUUAAUGUUUAUCUAGCUAAAGUUAGGAGUUCGAAAAAAAAUGUAUAUCUUUCAUUCAUUUGUUAGCGUCAGAAUGUAAUUACAAUAUAUACUGCGAUAGGUAAGAUAAAACAAGAUUUAUGAAUUUCCACCAAUUCAGAGAGACAAGUGAAAUGUAAAAUGCCGUGAGUACAAUACACCUAAAUAAAAUGGUAUGGUAUAAAUGUAAACAAAGUAACAGUAGUUAUUUAAUGAUAUACAGUUAUUUAUGGUUCAUACGUAUGAGAAGGCACGGGAAUCUAUGUAAUACAUUAGAUUUGAUGUAGAAUUGAAUAAAUUUGUAUCUUUCUACACUUUUUUUUUCAUACUUUUUAGUAGUAAACUGUUAAUUACUGAGAUAUAGGUUGAUAUAUUUAAAACUUACACUGUUUAAAAACGUGGGAUUUUCAUUUUAUAAUGCUCACUGAUGCGGACCUGCACUUAUACAGUCUUACAACGUAAACAAAUUACGUCAUGACUUUGCCAUGUAGUUGACCUAUUCGCGUGACGUGGAUAGGUAAAGUUAUUUCAUUAGAAUUAAAGAAAAAAUGUUUUGUUUUGUUUUUUUCUCUAGAGAAAUUGAAUCAUCUUUCACUCGUAAAUACCAUAUCUAAUUUAUUCUGUUAUGGUUUCGUAACUCGCGAAUCUAUUGCAUUUGAUAGUACUCUUUUCGAUAUCUUACAUUAAAACAUAAAUAAUUUUUAUCAACCUGUAAUGUCGCUUUAUAGCUAUGCUAUGACAGUAUAUCACUUUAAAACUGAUGUUGUUGUUUUUUUAAUUCUGUCAAGUGCAGUAAUGUUACAAGUAUGUAUGUCAGGUCAGGUUAUAGAACAAUCUUAUCGGUUAUCUAAGCAUUACUUAAGUGCUUUUUACAUAAACUGAAAUCAAGCGGACUUUUAUUAUUCAUUUGCUAGUAAGUCGAUAAGGGGUUUUGCACAUAAUAUAAUGACCUCUAACGAACACAGCCGACUGCUUGGUUGCUUUCUGGGAUCAAUUUAUCUCAAACCGUGACUUAAUCUUGAAUGAAAUUUUUCUUUCGUUUAGAUGCUUAUUAUAAUAUCACUCGAGAUAUUACUCUCUCAACAAGCACAGCUGUUUUUAGUAGAAUAUAAUUAGAUAAAAUACAUUGAAAACGUU